AUGCAAACAGGUUUCUAUGCUGCGGAUUUCGGAUCAGACUCCAUGAUCUGCAUAGAAUGGUACCGGUUUGCACUGACAUCAAGUGCGCUCCUUAACCCACCAGUCCUUCAGCAAGUUGGACGAACUAGGUUGAAUACAUGUCAUUUAACUGAUUUACUGCUCGUCCCGACAGCCUACUUAGCAACGACUCUUUCACCGACAAGUUCCCAUCUGCUCUGGCCUGAAGGCUCCAUAUGCAUGGCCACUUCGGUCUUUGAUGGAAAAACAGUCGGGCCUGAGCCCUGGAGACCGGAGAGGCAGUCGGAACUCGACUUUUCUCGUUUUGCCUCCGGUGUCUUCUUCCUCCUGACAACUUGGCCAAUCUUUGCCCGUCCCCGUAGACUCACGCUUUCUCGAGGUCAAACAACAGACCGUUUGUCAAAAAGACUGGCCGAUUGCCUCGUCCGAGGGGAACAGUUCACUGAGAAGACUGUUAAUUAG